AUGUCUGCCCCCAAGAUCAUCCUCUACACCAACCGCAUCUGCCCCUGGGCACAUCGCGCCCACAUUGUCCUCGCGGAGCUCGGUCUCCCCUUCGAGGAAGUCACCAUUGACCUGGACACUCCGCGCGAGCCAUGGUAUCUGGAAGUUAACCCGCGCGGUCUCGUCCCCUCCCUCUCCUACAAUGGCGAAAUCAUCACCGAAUCCGCCAUCGUCUCUCAAUUCCUCGCCGACGCCCACCCCUCCCACCUCGUGCCCCCCUCCAACACCCCCGAAGGCGCCCUGCAGCGCGCCCGCAUCGCCUUCUUCGCCGACACUUACGCCAGCAAAGUCGCGCCCCACUACAACACCGCCCUGCGUGGUGCCACCGCUGAGGAUCGCAAGGCCGCGGGCGAGGCUUUCGUCGCGGCCAUCAAGAAGGAGAUCGAGCCGCUGCUGUACCCGGGCUUGGAGGGAAAGACACACGGGCCGUUCUUCGGGGGUAGUGACAAGCUGACCUUGGUGGAGGUGCUGUUUGGGUCGUUUUUGAUCCGUCUGCACGCGUUCGCGAAGCCGGAGUAUGAUUUGUUGGAUGCGGGUCUGUUGGAGUCGUUGGCCGAGCUGAAGAACUUUAGUCGCUGGGCUGAGGCGACGAAGGAUCAUCCUAGUGUGAAGGCUAUUUUCCCUGAGAAGGUCGCUGCGGAGAGAACGAAGGCUAAGUUGGCUUCUGUGAGGAAGUAG